AUGUCCUUUGCCCUGAGCGCCUUUGGCAACUACGACCGCUCAGCCCAGACGGGUGGCGUACCAGCCCUCCACCGGACCACGUCGCGCGACGUCAACGAGGACUCGGAAAUGGGUCUCGACCGCAGCCUCUCCGCCGAGGGCAAGAUGGCAGCAGCAGAUGCCGAGCACUCGGAAAAGAAUGACGAAACCUCCAAGGCCCAGUCCCGGGGCAAUGAUACCUCGGACAGCGAUGGAGAUGAAGUAGUCGAGGUCGCCCGCCGCGAGUCUAUGGUCCAGACCCUGGCGCGCAAGUACUCCAACGUCUCGGGCGUCGUCCAGGGCGGUAACCCUUUCGCGAUCGCCUCUGACGACCCAGACAGCCCGCUGAACCCCAACGGCGAGAAGUUCAGCGCCCGCGCCUGGGCCAAGACCGUGCUCGAUCUCGUGUCCAAGGAGGGCAAGUCGUUCCGAACCAGCGGCAUCGCCUUCCAGAAUAUGAAUGUCUUCGGUUUCGGCGCCGGCACCGAUUUUCAGAAGGACGUCGCCAACAUAUGGCUGGAUGUGGCAGACGGCGUGCGCUCCAUGUUUGGCGGGAGCAGGAAGAGGAGGAUAGACAUCUUGCGGCAGUUCGACGGCGUCGUCAACUCGGGCGAGAUGCUGGUCGUGCUGGGCCCGCCCGGCUCAGGCUGCAGUACCUUCCUCAAGACCAUUUCAGGCGAGAUGAACGGCAUUUACCUGGAGGACGAGGUCUACCUCAACUACCAGGGCGUCUCCGCGGCCGAGAUGCACAAGGACCACCGUGGCGAGUGCAUCUACACCGCAGAGGUCGACGUCCAUUUCCCCAUGUUGACGGUUGGCGACACCCUUACCUUCGCUGCCAGGGCACGCGCCCCCCGCCAGAUCCCAGGCGGUGUGCCCAAGAACGUCUUCACCAAUCACGUGCGCGACGUCGUCAUGGCCAUGUUUGGUAUCUCUCACACCAUCAACACCCGUGUCGGCAACGAGUACGUGCGCGGUGUGUCGGGCGGUGAGCGCAAGCGUGUAACCAUCUCCGAGGCUGCUCUGUCGGGCGCCCCCCUGCAGUGUUGGGACAACUCGACUCGUGGCCUUGACUCUGCCAACGCCAUCGAGUUCUGCAAGACCCUGCGCCUGCAGUCGGAGCUCUUCGGCAGCACCGCCUGCGUCUCCAUCUACCAGGCACCACAGUCCGCGUACGACCUGUUCGACAAGGCUGCUGUGCUGUACGAGGGCCGGCAGAUCUUCUUUGGCCGCGCCGACGCGGCGAAGCAGUACUUUAUCAAUCUGGGUUUCGAGUGCCCUGCCCGCCAGACCACGCCCGACUUUUUGACGUCCAUGACGAGCCCGCAGGAGCGUAUCGUCAGGCCUAAUUUCGAGGGCAAGGCGCCGAGAACACCUGACGAAUUUGCCGAGUGCUGGAAGAACAGUGCAGAGUACAAGCAGCUGCAGGCCGAGAUCGAGGCGUAUAAAACGGAACACCCCAUCGACGGACCUGACGCGGAGGCGUUCCGUGCGCACAGGCGUGCUCACCAGUCCAAGAACAACCGCUCCAAGUCGCCAUAUACUCUGGACUACUGGCAGCAGGUCAAGCUAUGUCUGUGGCGUGGCUGGAAGCGGCUGAUGGGUGACCCGAGUCUGACGAUCGGCGCCCUCAUGGGAAACACCACCAUGGCUCUCAUCAUCUCCAGCGUGUUUUUUAACCUCCAGAUGACCACGUCGAGUUUCUUCCAGCGUGGAGCCCUGCUCUUCUUUGCCUGUCUUAUGAAUGCCUUUGCCUCUGCUCUCGAGAUUCUUACGCUGUACGCGCAAAGACCGAUUGUCGAGAAACAUGCCCGCUACGCAAUGUACCAUCCGUCCGCCGAAGCCGUCGCCUCGAUGUUGUGUGAUUUGCCGUACAAGAUAGGAAACACAAUCGUGUUCAACCUGACACUGUACUUCAUGGCAAAUCUGCGCCGCGAACCGGGGGCUUUCUUCUUCUACUUGCUCACCUGUUUCCUCGCCACCAUAGCCAUGUCCAUGAUGUUCCGAACCAUUGCGUCCUCUUCACGAACGUUGUCGCAGGCAAUGGUGCCGGCAGCUAUCAUCAUCCUGGGUCUGGUCAUCUUCACAGGCUUCGUCAUACCUAUCGAUUACAUGCUUGACUGGUGCCGCUGGAUGAACUACAUCGAUCCCUUGGCGUAUGCUUUCGAGGCCGUCAUGGUGAACGAGUUCCACAACCGCAACUACACCUGUACGGCAUAUGUGCCCAGCAUCGAGUUCCCGGGUUACAAUGACGUUGGACCGCUCAAUCACGUCUGCUCGGCCGUCGGCUCGGUGGCGGGCCUGGACUUUGUCAACGGCGACGCCUACAUUAACACUGCCUUCAGCUACUACCACUCCCACAAAUGGCGCGACAUUGGUAUUCUGAUUGGGUUCAUCAUUUUCUUCCUCUUCACCUACAUGAUCACCGCCGAGUUCGUUUCCGAGAAGAAGUCCAAGGGUGAGGUCCUGGUCUUCCGCCUGGGCCAGAAGCCUGCCUUCUUGAAGGAACAAAAGGGUGAUGCUGAGGGAGGCAAGACACUCGGUGGACCCGUGGUUGCUGCCCGCGCCGACGAUGGGACGGACUCUGACAAGCAACCUGGGUUCCUCGAGCAGCAAAGGAGCGUGUUCCACUGGAAGGAUGUCUGCUAUGAGGUCAAGAUCAAGAACGAGACGAGACAGAUUCUGGACCACGUGGACGGUUGGGUCAAGCCUGGCACCUUGACCGCCCUCAUGGGAGUGAGUGGUGCCGGCAAAACGACACUGCUCGACUGCUUGGCCGACCGGACGUCUAUGGGAGUCAUCACUGGGCAGAUGCUGGUCGACGGGCACCCGCGCGACGCCUCUUUCCAGCGCAAGACGGGCUACGUGCAACAGCAAGAUCUCCAUCUGCAGACCACCACCGUCCGCGAGGCCCUCAACUUCAGCGCCCUGCUGCGCCAGCCCCCACAUGUUCCCCGCGAGGAGAAGCUUGCCUAUGUCGACGAGGUCAUCAAGCUGCUGGACAUGCACGAGUACGCGGACGCCGUUGUUGGCGUGCCGGGUGAGGGUCUCAAUGUCGAGCAGCGCAAGCGACUGACUAUUGGUGUGGAGUUGGCUGCGAAGCCUCCUCUGCUACUCUUCGUGGAUGAGCCUACCUCAGGCCUGGACUCACAGACCAGUUGGGCCAUCUUGGACCUGCUCGAAAAGCUCACCAAGAGCGGCCAGGCUGUUCUUUGCACCAUCCAUCAGCCUUCGGCCAUGCUCUUCCAGCGUUUCGACCGUCUGCUCUUCCUCGCGAGGGGUGGCAAGACAGUCUACUUUGGCGACAUCGGCAAGAACUCCCAGACCAUGAGCGCCUAUUUCGAACGCAACGGCGCCCCUCCAUGCCCGCCAGAGGCCAACCCCGCAGAGUGGAUGCUCGAGGCGAUCGGUGCCGCGCCUGGAUCGGAAUCGGAUAUUGACUGGUUCAAGACCUGGAGGGAGUCGCCUGAGUGUGCCAGUGUCCACCAGGAACUGCAGCGCCUCAAGGACGCCGGUGCCAAGACCGGGGCCGAGUCCAGCCCCGUCCACGACAAGUCCAGCUACCGUGAAUUUGCCGCCCCGUUCAGCGCGCAGCUGCGCGAGGUCCUGACUCGAGUAUUUUCGCAAUACUGGCGCACGCCUUCGUACAUCUAUUCCAAGGCCGCUCUCUGCAUCUCCAUCUCCCUGUACAUUGGUCUUGUCUUUCUCAACGCACCCAACUCGAUCCAGGGUCUCCAGAACCAGAUGUUCGCCAUCUUCAACAUCCUCACCGUCUUUGGCCAGCUCACGCAGCAGCAGAUGCCCCACUUCGUCGUGCAGCGGGACCUCUACGAGGUUCGCGAGCGGCCUUCCAAGGUCUAUAGCUGGAAGGUGUUCAUGCUGUCCCAGAUCAUCGUCGAGCUCCCCUGGAACACGCUCAUGGCGGUCUUCAUGUUUGUGUGCUGGUACUACCCGGUCGGCCUCUACCGCAAUGCGGAGGCGGCCGGCCAGGUGCACGAGCGCGGGGCGCUGAUCUUCCUCUUCCUCUGGGCGUUCCUGCUCUUCACCUCGACGUUUACGGACUUUAUCAUCGCGGGCUUCGAGACGGCCGAGGCCGGCGGCAACAUUGCCAACCUCAUCUUCUCGCUGUGCCUGAUUUUCUGCGGUGUGCUCGCUACGCCCUCGACCUUCCCGCGUUUCUGGAUUUUCAUGUACCGGGUAUCGCCUUUCACGUACCUGGUGUCGGGCAUGCUGUCGGCGGCCGUGGCCAACACGGACGUGGUGUGUGCGGCCAACGAGUACCUCACGUUCCAGCCGCUGUCGAACCUGACGUGCGGCGAUUAUAUGGAGCCAUACAUUAAUGUAACGGGCGGAUAUCUAACGAACGCGAACGCGACCAGCGACUGCCAGUUCUGCUCGAUCAGCGAGUCUAACGUGUACCUGACCGGCAUUUCGACGAGCUACGGCGAGCGAUGGCGCAACUUUGGCAUCAUGUGGGCCUUCAUCAUCUUCAAUAUCUUUGCGGCCUUGGGACUGUACUGGUUGGCCAGAGUGCCCAAGGGAAGGAAGGUCAAGCAGGAGUAAUUUCCAAGGGGGAGAAACGUCAAAGGAAGUUUUUUUUCUUUUUAUUCAAAAGGCGGGCGGGGGGUGAAGAUUCCGCCAUGACAUGCCCAGAUCGAGUGAAGAGAGAAAGUCCUUCACGAUCCAUGAUCCAUAUGAAGAAAAGAGAGGGAGAAACAUUUUUAUCUAAUGAGGCAAAUCAUGAAUUGAAGGGCCCUUCUGAACGAUUGGGUUCUCUUGCUCUUCUUAUCUCCCUUAUAUAUCUAUAUAGUUUUUUUAUUUUUGCUUGUUUCCAAUGUAGCAUAAUGAGGUCCAAGGAAGCAUGGACGUAGCAUAGAUGGGAUGAAGUGGUAUAGACUUGGGAAGUGGUUGCUUGGACUGGAGUUCAGGAAAAUAUCAAUUCAAUAAUCGCCCAUCAUUGUUGUACUUGAUGAAUUCAUUCAACAUUACUACUUCAG